AUGGAUUCUCUUCUUCCAAUUCCGUACCUCCACGCCAUGAAGAGUUCCACGACUGCUAAAUAUUCAACCGAAUCUAUUCAACUGUUUCUUGUUAACCGAGACACGCAAACUAUAACCACCUUGUCUAUUGCUGAACACAACUCCGUGCUCUGCUCAGCGCCUGUAUCUCCUCGCAUGUUAUCACCUUACUCUCCUCCACUUUUGCAUGCUACCUCCUUGCUCUUCUUCCCGUUCGUCUCCUCUUCUUUCGACUCGAUAAACCGGCUUGCAAACUCUUUCUUUCUAGCUGAAUACUUACUGAUCCAUCUAUCUAUCUAUCUAUCUAUCUAUCUAUCUAUCUAUCUAUCUAUCUAUCUAUCUAUCUCAGUCUGUUCAUUAUCUAUCUCACUCUGUUCAUAUCUAUCUCAGUCUGUUCAUAUCUAUCUAUCUAUCUACUUAUAUAUGACUAUCUAUCUAUCUAUCUAUCUAUCUAUCUAUCUAUCUAUCUAUCUAUCUAUCUAUCUAUAUAUAUAUAUAUAUAUAUAUAUAUAUAUAUAUAUAUAUAUAAUAUUAGUGGACAACGACGAACAAAAGACUCGAAACCUUGCAGACAAUAUUCCCGUAAUUUGUCAUCUUCAUUCCAAGAACCAACUACAAGAGGAACCAUUUGGUCAAGGUAUUCACCAAAUCGCUUUAUUUUUUACUUCUCUUUUUUCACCUUCUUUUUCAUCUUUUUUGUUUGUUGUUUUUUCUUGGUUGUUUUAUUUUUCUUUUUUCUUUUAUUCUUCUGGUUAUUUAUUUUCUUAUUUUUUUCUUCUUUUGUGCCUUUUUCCUUCGCUUUUUUCUUUUGUCUUUUCCUUCAUUCUUCUUUUUUUCUUUCGGGUCAUGUAUUUAUUUUUACUUUUCUCGUUUUUUUCCUCUUUCUAUAAUGAUUUCUAUUUCUUCCUUUCAUCAUUCUUCAUCGAAGAAGUCAUUUUUUUCAUUAACCUAUUUGUUCAUCUAAGACCGCGUCGUCCAUUCUCCUUCCCUUCUUUCUUAUUGAUUUCUACAAUAUUAUUCUCUUUCCUCGUGUUUUGCUUUCAUUUACUUCCUUCUCUCGUCUUUUAUCAUUUUCUUUUUUGUUUUUUUCUUCUUCUUUUUGGUGUACUGCUCCUUCUUUUACUUUGUUGCUCUUCUUCUUCUUUUCAUUCUUCUUCUUCUUUUCCUCCAUCUUCUUCUUCUUCUUCUUCUUCUUUCCAUGUUUCGUUUUCUUUCAUGCCUUCACUCGUUUUUUUUCGCUGUUAUUGGUUUUCUUCUUUUUCUUCUAAUUCGCCUUCUUCUGUUUCUUUUCUUUCUCUUCUUCUUCUUCUUCUGUAUCUUUUUCCCGUGUUUUGCUUUCUUUUACUUCUUCACUUGUCCUUUUACGUUGCUGUUGUUUUUUUCUUAUACUUAUUCCUCUUCGAUUUCAGUUGGUUCUUCUUCGCCUUCUUCUUCGUCUUCUUCUUCUUCUUCUUCUUCUUCUUCUCGUAUUUUACUUUCUUUUACUUCUUCUUCCGUCCAUUAUCGUCGUUUUUUUCUCCCUUCUGUUUCUUCUCCCUUCUGUUUCUUCUCCCUCUGUUUUUCAAUAUAAUCUUCUUCUUCUUCUUCUUCUUCUUCUUCUUCUCGUGUUUUAUUUUCUUUUACCCCGUCUUUCUCUCUUUAUCGUUGUUCUUGUUUUUUCCUCUCGUUUCUUCUUCUUUUGUUUUUCAUCAUCAUCAUCAUCAUCAUCAUCUUCUUCUUCUUCUUCUUCUUCUUUUUCUUCUUUUUUCAUCAUCAUCAUCAUCAUCACCAUCAUCUUUGUCUUCUUGUUCUUCUUCUUCUCUAUCACGAUAUCAUUUCUCAUUUGAUACUCCUUUUGCUUCUCCCUCUUUUUCAUCUUCUCAUUUCCCACUUUAUAUUUUUCCUUGUAUCUUUUCUUCUUUCUCUUUCUCGGACAUUUCUUUCUCUUUUUCUCAUUCCGAUCCUCAUGUUAACUUCUCUUUUUAUUCUUUUUUAUUCUUCUUCUUUUCUUACCCCGCUGUUGACUUUUCCCACAAUUUCUUUCUUGUCUUCUCCCUAUUCUUCCCCACCCCAUCCAAAAUCGAAAAACCCUUGUCAUACCAUCACACCGACCUAUUAUCUUUUAUCAUUCCCAAGCAUUUAAUUGCUCCCUCCACACACACAUCUAACCACGUCCCGUCUCAUUCAACGUUAAUUUGCCGAUUUUCAAUUGUUGUUACAUUUUCUUUCCACUGA